UUAAAACUUGCCUGCGUCGUCCGAGAGUCGUCGAGCACGGUUACGCGAGUGGGAACGGCAUCUAAGGCGUUGUAGUGGGCUCUCUUCGUGCAAUUAAAUUGUGUCGAUAUGACUUUAUAAUAACAUUUCCUCUUAGAUUGUGUUUAAAAAUCAUAAACUUUAAAAACAUAACUGACAAGAGUGACUUAAAUAGUGGAAAAUGUUUGUGGAACGACUAUCAAAAUAAAGCAGAAAAUAAAUAAAUAGGGAACGAUAGAGCGCGUCACCAGUGACUUGUGAGUGAUAAAAGAGACCUUAUUGCUUCGAAAUAAGAGUGACAUUUGCUUACAGAAGUGAACUUUGAUAACCAAAUUAAUAAAAAUUAUGAUUCCUUGCUUGAAUGUUGACUGCUGAUCUUAGUAGAUUGAAAUAAUGACAGAUCUUCGUAAUGAAUCACAAUGGACUGGAGAAUCAGAAGACCAAAAUUCGAAUGCCGGGUGAAGCCCGUUGAGGCCAGGGGCUUUUGAAACAGAUAAUAUUGGACAUUAUUGCAACUGCUACUACAAUGGCGGACGAGCCCAACACAAUAUCUGAAAAUAUAAACUCCACAGCUGUAAUGGAGGAAAAGCAAUGUGAACCUGUGAUAAGAGACGAGAAAAGUAAUGACAGUGAUGCUAACAGUGAAUAUCUUAGUUGUAAUGAUGAACAAACUAAUACAAAUAGUAAUUGUUCUCCGUUUUAUGAGAGCAGUGAUUGUAAAAUAGAUUAUGCUGUUAAGUUAGAUGACAAUGAUACAUUAAGUGAUAUUGAUGACAUUAAAACAGAUACCGCGUCAGCAGACAGUGAAGACUCUGCACUUGGCAGUCUUCCGCCUGAUGGUUCGCUUAACUACAGAGAAGAAUAUACCCAGGACCGGUCUGAUGGCAGUGACUCAGGACUUGGAUCUGAAAUUCCAGAUGAUGUAAAACAACCAAGCUUUAAUUUAUCACUACCAAGUGAAAAGGAAAGCUGUCCGAUUCCAGAUGAAGACGAUAUUGAUCUAAAUUCUUUAUCCAAACGAAACCAUCAGGAAAAUAUAGACCAGAAUGCUAUUGCUACACCUAAACCUACUGAUAAACCACAAAAAAGUAGUCUUAAAAGAAAAAAUGACGAGACACCAGAAAACGAAGUCCCACAAAAAAGGAAAAAGAAUAGUAUACAAUUUGACAGUGUUACAGUCUUUUAUUUUCCUAGAUCCCAAGGAUUUUCUUGUGUUCCCUCACAAGGAGGUUCUACAUUAGGGAUGGAAUGGGAACAUAGUCAUAUACAGAAAUUUUCCUUACCAGAGCAUGCACUGGAACAAAGACGACUGCACAGGCAAGUUUUACAACAGUUAAAAAGUGAACGUCAUUUGUUGCAAGGGGUGUCACUUUCAUCAAGUGAAGAUAGCGAUACGGAAGAGGAAGCCAGUGACAUAUCUGAAUCAGAAUUAGAUUUGGACAGUUAUUAUUUUUUGCAACCUGUACCUACAAAACAAAGGAGAGCGUUACUAAGAGCAGCAGGAGUUAGAAAAAUUGAAGGUUAUGAGAAGGAUGAAUGUCGGGAUAUUCGGACAUCUCGUGAAUUUUGUGGAUGUGCUUGCAAAGGUGCAUGCAAUCCAGAUAACUGUUCAUGUAGUUUGGCUGGCAUUAAAUGUCAAGUGGAUAGAUUAAACUUUCCAUGUGGAUGCACAAGAGAAGGCUGCUGUAACACUUCUGGAAGGGUAGAGUUCAACCCCAUGAGGGUGAGAACUCAUUUUAUUAAUACUCUUAUGAGAGUAGGGCUUGAGAGGAAGAGUGAAGAAAAUCAGGAGGCUGCUAAAAGAAAAUGGGCUGAGGCCCACCAUUCAUCGUGUGUAUCUAAUUCAUAUAAAAAAGAAAAUUGCCAUAGUCACCAUGAAGAACCAUGUAACAAUAGCCUACAGAAAUUAGGAAUAGAAACAUGUUCAGGCAACUAUGACAGUGUUACCCAUAUUAACCCUUGUAAUAACACUCAAACUGUAAAUGACACAACAUUUUCAUUUAGAAAUGAAGUUGUAGAUCAUAGAAGUUUAAAAACAAACAUGCUGGGCUUUGAAAACAAAUCUGAUCAUCAUGCACACAACCCUUACACAUCCAAUAUCCUGCAAGCGAAACCACCUUAUACACCUGGAAAUACAAUGGAGUUCAACACAUUACCAAACAACAUGCCAAGAUAUACAUGUGAUCUCAAUUAUUCCUAUGACCAGGUACAUAAUGAAAACCAUCAAUUCAAAGGUUUACAAAACAUAUCAGCAUCAUGUUUUGAGGAGUUUGCUCACAACUCUCAAAUGUCUAUGCUUCACCAAUACGGGCAUAUGUAUGAUUAUAUGCAUAAACCUAGCACAAGCAUGCCGGACCACAGCACUGUGCAGUACCAAGCAAUGCCACACCAUUAUGAAAUGUACAAAAAUACCCCAGAAUGUGUAAAUACUGAGAACAAAGCUGAAACUCAUUACACAACUUUACUUACUAUGCCAUAUCAGCAAAGCGAUAAAAUGCAAACUGUGGAGAAUGAUGAAAACUGGUUUAGCCACAACACCCUCUUGAACUUGGACCACUCAGUUCAGGUACCUCAAGAUGCACCUGCAGUACAACCUCAGGCUACUGUGAGUCAAACGGAUGGUGAAAAUAGUGACACUACUGAAAACUUUGGUGAACUUAUAAAAAACUCAAUGGUAGAAUCUGUUACAGUGUAGUUCAAUAAUUACUUGUUGUCUUUUAAUCCUCUCAAUAAAUUAUCACGUUACUAAGUUUAUAAUAAUAAUA